AUGCGCGAUGAUAGUUCUGGUGUCCGACAGACAGCGUGUGAAGCAUUGGGAAAUUUUGGUCAAGCCGCAGCAACCAAUGAGGUGAUCGCUGCUUUGAUCAAUGCAAUGUGCGAAGAGAGUUCUGGUGUCCGACAGACAGCGUGUGAAGCAUUGGGAAAGCUGGGUGAAAAAGCAGCAACCAAUGAGGUGAUCGCUGCUUUUAUCAAUGCAACACGCGAUAAAGAGUACAUGAUCCGACAGACAGCGUGUGAAGCAUUGGGAAAUUUCGGUGAAAAAGCAGCAACCAAUGAGGUGAUCGAUUCUCUGGUGAAUUUUAUUGGUACUAUAGAUGAUUCGGACGAUAUACUCGUUGAUGCUUUGGUGCGGGCGAUGUGUUCGUAUGACGGGAUGAGGUCACUGAACCUUGGAACAAUUGGAAAACUGUGUAAUUGGAUUCGAAAAUCAUCGGAGAUCGACUUGACACCAAUUCCUUCGGAACGUCUGAUGGAGCUGUUUUUGAAUAGUCGUAAUUUUAGUUGGCUGAGCCUAGUUGCAUAUGUUGCUUUGUUGCAAGGAAUCGCAGUUACAGUUUGUAAAGGUGUCGUGAAGAUUUAUGAUACGAAGGGGGUGGUAGAGUUGGAGAUGCCUAAUCCUGAGUUGGGGAUAACUUUUACGGAGGCGUUUAGCGAUCAAAGGAGAGAAAUCGAAAGUGACUUCCCAUUUGGAAAAGAAACUGCUAGUUGA